CAUGAAACAAAACAAUCAAAAAUAAACAUUUAUUUCCAAUUUAUGACAUUUUUUUAAGGAAAGUAAUAUUAUUCGUUUUUAAAUUGUGAUUGAAUGUGAAUGUAUUUGUGAAUAAAAUGUCACUAAAUCCAUUAAAUGAAUUAAAACGCAGAUUAGAAGAUAACACUGCCUCAUUGCCUAAAAGACUUUGCCUUGCCAAGAAUGUGAUCAGAUCUCACCACUUCCCCACAGCACCAAAGGAGAGACUAGUGGCUGAGUGGCUUCAAAGUCUGAUGACGAAUAAUUGUCUUUCUAGUGAGGACUUAAGGAAUAUUGUUACUUGGUUAGACAUAGUCGAUGAUCUAACUACUGAGCUGAAGAUUCAUUUAAUCCAGAUUGUAUCCCAAUACUUACAAAGAAAUCCAUUAAAGACUGAGGAUAUAGAGACUCUGGUAUCAUUCCUAGAAAACAAUAAAAUUUCUUCACAACUCAACACAUCAAUUGAUGAAUAUUUGCACAUAGCUAUCACUUUAUUGCAAUACUUUAGGGUUAAUGAACCAAGCAAAUUGAUGCUAGACAGAGUAUUUAAUAAUUUAAUAAAAUAUUACAAAGAUUGUAAAAAGAAACUCGAAUUUGUUAACAAAUUUUUAGGAAAUGAUAACUUAGAAACAAUUUUUAGUUAUUUGGAUACAGAAAUCCGGACUGCUGCUGUCAAUGUAUGUGAAAAUAUUCUAUUUCCUAUUAGUAGAAAGUCUUCUUUUAUCAAUUACCUCCAAACAUUAAUAAGAAAAGACAAUUUAAAUGAAUUAAUAGCUGAAAAAGGUGACAAUAUACAGUCUGUAUUGAAAAUUAUGGACAUAUUUUUUUCUUUCCCUAAAGGACGGACUAAUAGAGAUCCCAAAUUCUUAAAAGAUUACAUUGAUGUUUUCGUAAGUUGUUACCAUAAAGAGAGCCAAUUGAUAUUUGCCUUUUACAUAAUUGUAACAAAUUUUUUAAACAUGGAACAGAAUUACCUUGUACCUGUUACCAAAAUGACUCCUGUCCACUUUGAUGAAAAUGAUGAGAAUAUUAAAAGGAAUCUGUUUUUAAACAUGCUUGAAACUGUUUUAAGAAAUGAAGUGGAUAUAAACACAAGAUUGACGGAUACAUUUGGUGAAAAAAUAUCUAAAGUUGAAAUUAAAAAGACCUCUUUACUCUUCCUUCAAGCUGUCAUGGCGGGACAGCUAAAAUUGAAGGGAAAACCUGAUAAAGUUACACUGCAGAUAUUAAAAACUGCAUUGAAAUUGGAUCCCAUAUUGAUUGAGCAAAAAUUGAUUGAUAUAUUGCCACCUUUGAUGGUAAUGAAAAAAAAUAGUACGAGUGUCAAAGAGUAUUACACGGAAAUGUUGAACUGCUUAUUAGAAGUGCUAUUUAAACUUAGCAGAGGAGUUUCAUUUAUAAAUCUUAUUCUACCAAAUGUUAAAAAUUGUUUGGAAGAUUGCAACACUGUUCAGUUUGAUAUGAAGCAAAAAUUGAAGGAGACUGAAGAGAGUGAUGAGAAUUAUAAUAAAAUUAAAAGUAAAAUAAUCAGGGGUGAUGAUGUGUUUCCUACAAAAUGUGUAGAAUUGUAUGGGAAGUUAACAUCUGAGUUGAUGUUUAGACAGAAUAAAGAGUUGUUGAUAUCGCUACAGAAAGAUUUUGAAGUGUAUUGCUUGUUAAUGCUAGAAGAAAAUUUUGUCAGCCCUUCAAUUAUAACGCUAACAGAAGUUAUAUCGGCCAUUUUGUCAAGUUUUCUGCAACACAAUAAGAUGGCGGAUCACACCGUGCCACAGAAUGUCGCCCAAGAAUUCUGGGCUUCCUUUGAAAAUUUUGAGGAAGAGUGCUUGAAAAUGUUUGGAGAAUGCAUACUAAAACUUAAUUAUAAUCCACCAUUAAUGUUAUCUUUUUUGAAACUAUGUCUAAGUUACUCACAAUUGAAAAUAUUGAAUCUGAAAUAUAGUAACACCAAAUUAACACUGUCAAAUAUUGGUACACCAGAUACUUUCGACUUGAGUAUGUUACUACCAUGUUUAACUGGUGAGCAAUGGACUGUGCUCGCCUCAAAAAUAGCAGACGAUGUAGAGACUACACUUUUGGAUGAAUUAAUACUAACAAAAACAAUUGCUCUCCAAAUCUUUUAUGAUAAUGAAUCAUCUGAUGAAGCUAUAACGUCUUCAAAAUCGCAUCUAAUCAAGCAGUUCUCUAAAAAUAAUAAUGCAGUUGUAACAAAUGGUAUAGCCAAAAUAUUAUUCACUGAUUUAGAUAAAAACCAAUUGAAAAAAUUAUCGAAACAUAUAGUUAAACUAUCAUUCAAUGAUACAGAAAACAAAAUGCUAACAAAUGAAUCAUUUAGUAAUAAUAUACCUUUAUUAAAUGCUUUAGUAGUUGAGACUUGUAAAAUUAUCGCUAAUAAUAUAGAAAAUGCUGAUGCAUUGGCGAAAUCACUGAAGAAAAUAGACUUUGACAUAACAAAUUUUGCUAAAGAGCAGAAUAUGAAAGAGUAUUUCAAUCAAUUGAGUUUUAACGGUGACGAUGCAGUGUUAUUAAACUGUGUUGAAGUAUUAAAACAACUUCAAAUAUAUUAUCUAGAUGAGAAAUGCCAGUUAUUAGCUAUUUACUUAUUGUUGAUAUUGAAAAAAUGUGGUCAAAAGAAACUAAGACGCAACAUUGAUCAUAUAUUGCGCAGUAUUUUCGAAUUGAGUAACCAAACGCCUGAUAUAUACAAAAUAUUUCCAGUAGAAGACAUAUUUUCUUUUGAAGACAAAAUUAUAUUAGAUUUAUUAACACUGAAAAUCAAAACGUCAAACAAUUUCUUAAUAAUUAAGAAUAUUAUAGAAUCAGCUGUCAGAAGAGUUAGGACAGAGAGUGAUUUAGUUAAAAAUAUAGUUAAACUGAUUCUAAAGAAACAAAAUAAUAAUAAUGAUGGUAGCAUUGAAUACUUUGGUGAUCCUGCUUUCCAAAUGACUUGUAUAAUUCUACCGUUGCUUGUUAAACAGAAAAAAGCUAUAACAGCCAGCGCUUUUAGAUCAAUAUUAGCAGAUCUUCAAGAGAAACUACACAAAUAUCUUCUUGAUUCAUUUAAAAAAAUAAAUUUUUAUGAAAUUACUAAUGUACUUAAUGCUAGCAGCGGCAACACUGAUGAGAGUGUAGUAGUUUCUGAAACGGCUAUGGCAACACUGAAUGCUAUGGCUGCAUAUGCUAUAACUUUGUCUAAGUAUUGUGAAACCACAAAUGCAGAGGAAAUAAUGAAUUUGGAUUGUCUCUGGUCUGGCUUAGAAUAUUUCGUACAUAGUGCUAUUAAUACAAUUCAAAAUCAAGAAUCAAGAAUUCUACAUGUCGAAUCCUCAAUACAACUCUUGAAUGUUGUUUUAAGAUAUCUAAAGAAACUUGAAUCGCAUCAUAUAUUUGAGACCAGAGACAAAUUGUUCUUACAAAUAUGGCAGAGUGUGAAAUCUAGAUUGUUUAUGAUCUAUGGGAAUAAAAAACAUGUUUAUGUAAAUAAUGGAUGUAUAGAAGAUAUUGGUGUCACUCUGAAGUUCUUGUGUGAAGUAUCGAGUGUGGAGUGCUUCGCUAAUGAUUUCGUUGUCGAAUUGAAUAAAUUGACGAUUUUGGAGAAACUUCCACACAAACCUAAAGACAAUAAUUUAAACACACUAUUAACAACGCGCCAAGUAUCCAAAUGUAUGUGGAAUAAUUGUUUGAAAGCGAACAUUGUUGGGCCCAAAUGUGUAGCCAUGUCGAAGCUAAUGUUUAACGCAUGCAAAUCAGCAAAACUUAGUAUGUGGCAACACCAUGAAGCUGAACAAUAUGGUGUGAGUAUUAAAAGUAAGAAGAGAAAAUUCUCAAUUGAGAUUCAUGAUGAUGAUGUGGAAAUCAAAAUAGUAAAAAUAGAAGAUUCAGCUUGUGAAAUGUUGAAGUUAUUUUUAGAUACACUUUCUGAAGCUAUUUUGGCAGCUAAAAAGAUAAAUUUGGAUUACAAAUUCUUGGAUUCAAUAUUUGAAUUGCAACAUCUUAUCCAAUUUAUUUUGGGCUGUAACACUCUAAGGAUAAGGUGCGAUGUGUCUUGGCAAGCGUUUUUCAGACUGUUUGACGGAUCUAUUUCUAUAUUGAACAGCUUGUUGGUGUCCAGGGAGGAGUUAUUAGAAGAUAGAUGGCCAUGCUUCAUGCAAUGCUAUAGAGCACUUGUAACCAGCUUAUGUAAGCGGUGUACAGCUUCAGAAGAAUUGGACAGAAGCAUAGAAGAGAAGUUAGCAGAAACUGCACAUAGCUUGGAAAAAUUGACACAGUCCAUCAGCAAACGUAAAGUCCACGUGUCACGUAUAGCAGCAUACACCGUCGCGGACAUUUCCUCAACAAUAGAAAGAACCGCUCCACCACGCCUUCUACGGCAGCAUCUAGAGAACUCCGUCUCUCUACUGAUACAAGUGUCAGACACAAAUUACUCUGUCGCGUUCUUGAGACGCGCUCUAGCGGGUCACCCUGGUCAGAUGACAAUGACUAACUUGUAUACUAUGUAUAAAAGGUAUAAUAAGUAUGUGGGGAAUGCUUAGUAUGCAUUCCUGGUAUGUCUGUAUUACUGGUAUGGUAUUGCCUGGUAUGUAUACAUUCCUGGUAUGUAUGCAUUCCUGGUAUGGCAUUAACAAACAAUGCCGUAGUGUAAAGGGUGCAGGUCGGCCGGCUGUUGGCCUUGGGUUGUAUCGGCGAAAGACCACGCUACCCCCUAUUGUCAUUGCUAUACCUGCAAUAUUAUAAUAUGACUUUGUAUAUUUUAU